GUGUCAGCUCCGCGCCAUCCUGUAGGUGUGGCUCCUCUCGUCUUCUCUCUUCUCACAGUGUGGCUCUCCAGCAAGCGGAGGAGAGUAAACAGAGACUGGGGUCUUGCACGGCAUAGUGAAAAGAGGCAUUCGGACAGACGGGACACAGACACAGACAAACUACGAUGGCCUCUUCUCACGGGAGAAACGAUUUGAGGUUCGCUGACUGGAUGGCAAGUUUACCGGAGAGCAUCCACGAUACCCCUCUAACCAACCUGGCGAUCCCGGGCUCUCAUGACUCCUUUAGCUUCUACAUUGACGAGGCAUCUCCAGUUGGUCCAGAACAACCAGAAACUGUCCAGAACUUCGUAUCAGUCUUUGGAACUGUAGCAAAAAAACUGAUGAGAAAAUGGCUGGCAACCCAGACAAUGAACUUUUCACAUCAGCUGGAGGCUGGAAUUCGAUUUUUUGAUUUGCGCAUAUCAACUAAACCUAGAGACCCUGACAACGAACUUUAUUUUGCACACGGCUUGUUCAGUGCAAAAGUUAAGGAAGGUCUGGAGCAAAUCAAUACUUUUUUAGCAUCCCACUUACGAGAAGUGGUUUUCUUGGAUUUUAAUCACUUUUAUGGAAUGCAGAACUCCCACCAUGAGAAGCUGGUCCAUAUGCUCCAUGAGAUUUUUGGGAAUAAGCUCUGUCCUGCUAUAUUUGCUCAGGAGGUCAGUCUCAAGUAUUUGUGGGAAAAAGAAUAUCAAGUUCUAGUCUUUUAUCACAAUCCUGUUGCUUUGGAAGUACCUUUUCUCUGGCCUGGCCAGAUGAUGCCUUCACCGUGGGCUAAUACCACUGACCCAGAUAAACUAAUUCAGUUCCUGCAGUCAACCAUUAAGGAGCGCCGCAGAAAGGGGACGUUCUUUGUAUCACAAGUUGUGCUUACUCCCAAAGCCAGUACAGUCAUGAAGGGUGUAGCUAGCGGCCUGAGGGAAACGAUUACUGAAAGGGCUCUCCCUGGAAUGAUGCAUUGGGUGCGAAGUCAAAGGCCUGGAGAGAGUGGCAUUAACAUCAUCACGGCUGACUUUGUGGAGCUCGGCGAUUUUAUAAGCACAGUAAUUAUGCUAAACUACCUUCUAGAUGAAGGUGAAGAAAAUGCAACUUGAUUACGCUGGACAAAGCACCAGGAUGGAAGAUUUUUUUUUUCUGACUUCUGUGAAUCUUCCUACAGCCUUUAGAUUUUCUUGAAUCUUUAGGGCUAUUUAGUAAAGCUGGGGGGUGGGAAGGGUGAUGUUUUCGUGAGUAAUAAAAUUAUUGCCUAUAGUGUCAAAAAGGCAGCUGCUUUUUUUUUCGUUUGUUUGAGUUACUUCCACUGGGGUUAAAGGGCAAAAUAAGUUACGAUGCUUUUCUUUUCUUCAAUAGCAUUAGUAACAGAUUUAACACAUUGCAUACAUCGUGUACAUCUCUGGAUUUGAAUCAGAAAAAUUCCUUUGAAAAGACUCUUAGUGUAAUUUGAAGAGAACUAAUGAGUUGUACUCUAAUGAAAAUAUAUCCCUGUCAGCUUAAAAUAUUGUUUUGACUGAUGGAUAUUUAUAGUGUUUUUAAGUACUUUCCUCUCUGGAUUAAAAAGAAAGGAAUUUACUGUUAAUUUCUUGUUGGGCAUUGUGCAAUUAGCAACUGCAACUUCUGUAAAAACAUGGCACGUUGUGAAUCAAAGAAAACUUUAAAUGAUCAUACAUCAGGUUAGGAUGAAAGUAAAUGGGCCUUUCUUUAUGUUGUAUGGAUGUCAUCGUGUAAUCAGUAAAAGAAUUGACCAUUUGGAUAACCUUAUGAAUUUCUGCAGUAAUGCCGUAGGUUUGAUAUAAUUGUUGUGUCAAAGACGUUUCUAAUCAAAAGUAAUUUUUAAGUGUUCAGUUGCAAUUUUCAUAUCGUAGUGAAAGUUCUAUUUCAUUUUUUUCCUCAUAUUCUCUUUAAUCAAAGAUCAGAAGACAUUUUGUGAACAGUCUGUUUCUUGUCCAACAGGAAAUCAAACCAACUUUGGCAUUAUUUGUAAUCAGUUGGUAGGCUUUUACAAAUAUCGUAUAGUGUGGGCUUAAGAACUUUUAUGUUCCCUAUGUACUGGAACGCAAAGGUGUCUUAUUUAUUCUUUUAAUUCUUCUUUUUAGCCCUUAAAGUAAGUUCCUAUAUAAGAAAAAAAAACUAGAUACUUUCUGAUACUGGCUUGCCAGAAUAUCCUGUACAUACUUUCAUACAUUCUCAUUAUGAUGGAUACAUUUCUAGAAUUUACCUCUAUGUGCAGUGUAUUUUAUUGUGUUUUGUUGUGGGCUGCAUUCUCCCCUUAAAUACAAUUUCAGCUUAAUAAGGAUUAUUACUUUGAAAUCGCACAUUAUAUGGGCUACUAUUAUGUUUAGUUGUGUUUUACUAAAAAUGCACAUCACAAACCGUUAAAUUUAAGAUAAUAAAAUUUUAAGAAAGAUGAAAUCAGCAUUAUUGAUUGAAUCCUGCUUCAUUCUCUUUAGGGUUUUGUGAUCAAGAUAUACAAAAAACAAAAUGGUAAGCCCAAAUAUUAUUCUGAUUAUAAAAAUUGUCUGUAUUUUAAUGCUGACAUAUGACCUUAAUGACUUUCCUAGUAUUAAAGACAUUUUUGUUAAACAGCCAAUUGCAACACAGCCUCUGAUGUGAUGGCAGCACAUCAAAUUUAUCAGGUGAAUGUUGCAGCCACUCCAUUCCUCCAUUCCUCUGUUCUCAUAAUUUCAGUGUCGUAGUCAGGUUUUGCAGGCAAAGACAGCAUCUGAUGCAUAUCUCUCUUUCUUUAAAAGUGUUUAAAUAACUCAUUUACCUUUAAUCCUAUCUAUGGAAAUUACUAGUACUUUACAAAGGGAAAUUUAAACACAUAAGGAAAAAAAUAAAAUUAAAGACAACUUACUUUUGUUUAGUUACUUUUAUAAUUUUGGUGCUCUGAGUUGCUUACAGCAAUAAUUUAAUAAUUUUAUUGUUUUUAAAAGUGUCUACAUUAGUAGUCAUUGUAAUACGUGUGUCUUUAAAAAAGGUCUUUCUUAUAAAUCUAAUAAAUCCCAAAAUGGUAAGUGUGAUGUUAGAAUUAAAAGUUAAUUAUAUCUAUAUAAGUAAUUAUAAAUGAAAGCAUUCAUCCAAAUAUUGAAGUUUAGCCCAUACAGUUAAUACAAUUAGUAAAAAGCUAAUUUUUUAUUUAUUUUUUUAAUUCAGUUCAGUGUAUUCUUAUUAAGCACACUUCCACUUAAGAGCCCAGCACCUUUUACAGAUAUUACAAAUAAAGUAUAACUAAAAAGCAUGCAACAUAAAAUAAAACAUAAUAUUGAAACAUAAAGUCAUACAAUAAAUAUUGUCCAAAUAAAUAUACAUGUGCAGGGUGUUGUUAUUUUAGUUAUUACUGGUGAAUAAAUAUAGUAAUUGAAAACCUUGAUAGUAAAUAUAAUAUGGUCAUUUGUUUAUGAAAUUAAAAGAAAAAGUUAAUAUUAGUUAAGGCAAAUAAAAAUACAAAAUGAGCGUAAAUGCUGAGCUGAGCAUAAAGAGAAUAAAGAUGAAAAAUUCAUAACCUUGAAUUCUCACUUUUUUCUUAUGCCCCUUUAAAAAAUAUGACACAUCUUCUCAUUCAAGAAUGAUUGCACAGCAUAAAAUAAAAGAAAAUGUUAGCUUGAAGGAUAAACAAUAACUGGUGAAAAUAAUGAUAAGAUUAACACGUCAAAACUAACUGUGUAUGUGUAAGAGGUAUCUAAUCUUCCUAAAACUGCUUGUACAUUUUCAUUAUGAAUAAUUGGAGAAAUCUGCCUCCCAGUUAAGAGCGUGCUGCGACGUUCAGGCAUCUCCAGUGAUGACGUUUUAAAGGCUGAGGUACUAACGACACUCUCAAGCUCACACCAUUUAUUGUUAUAAUGACUUGAGAGGAUCGUCAGUUGUAUAAAAAAACAUGUGGAAUGUCAAAUCACACAUCGUCUUGAAACAACGUUUUCAUCAUUGAAAGUUUGCAAAAUGUGCACUAUUUAGAUUUUAGUAUUUGAUGUUGAACACUGUAAAUAUAUUUUUUAUUAAAUAGCCUGACAGGUGAAUUGGAGGUAGGGGAAAAAUGAACUAGUGAAUAUUGUGCUGAUGUUAGUCUAACUUGUUUUAUUUUGAAAUAUCAGGUUUUACUGAUACAAUGAAACAAUGAAAGAUAUCGUCUGUCUGAGAUUUUAGUCAUAUUGCUAGAAAGGACUUCAGCAUGUCAGAUAAUAAUAUCACUACAUCAAAUGUCCAAGCAAGCCAGCUGCAAAUCUCUUGACAGUUUUGGCUCUUAGUACUGGCUAGUGCUGUACGUAAGAUGUCAUCCUACAGUGUAAGGCACAAAUUAGCCCCGGUUCAACAUGCGAACCUUGGCUUUUCUAUAAUUAUGGGCACAUACUGAUUUUUUCUUGUUAGAUGUAAAUUUCAUAUUGCAUAAACCUGUAUUACAUUUUAGAGGAAUAAUGCAUUUUAUGUAUAAAAGACUUUGCUGUUGAUUUAAUUUUAUUAUGCUGUAUUUAUUUAUUUAGAAUUGAAUCAACUUAACUAAUUUUGAUGAUUGGCCCUGAAAUGUACUGUCCAAAGCUGUGUUUCCUGUGUUGCUCCCAUUGCUGCUGAUUUAGGCUGCAACUUUCCACAACAUUGACUAUUUAGAAAUAAGGAUAACUACAUAUUGAUUGACUCUUACAUUUCAUUCUCAAUAUCAUUUUAGUGGCAUUGUAAGAGGAACAGAGAAGGGUGGAGUGGGAUUGUUACUCCUGUGAAGGAAUUUUUAUUAAUAUCGCUGUUCACUUGUUUCUGAAAACAACAUUAUUAGUUUACUCCUGUUUCUUUAUAUUUAGGGACUUGUGACAUUUCUAGCACAGGGUCAGCUUCCAUUGGCAAAGUCUAGCAUGUCUGGAUCUACCCCACUCUUCUCUGUAACUCAGCUAAUGGACACCACUGGUAAGGACUGUUGUCAGGUUGAAAAAGUUAAAGAAAGAGAAGGCUACUGGCAACCCAAAAGGCAGUAGACACAGAUCCUGUGCAUGGGUGCUUAGUUGAGGUCAUGGAGAAUGGCAUUGAGAAAUUCUUAAACCCAGUGUAUAUAUCAUUCUCCAAGGAGCUACUACCAUAAACAUUGAUUUGCAGUGGGCUCAUCUCUGUGACUGGUGUCACUGCAUUCAUUAAAAGGCUCUGUAGUGGCAGGGCCACAGUGGUAGGAGGAGAUAAAACUACAAAUUCUAAAAGUAUUUUUGGGAGUACUUUGGCUAAUACACUUCUUCGCUGUUGCAUGGAAAGCAGAUGCAUUGGUACAGUCAGACACCGGGGAUGGUCCCAAUAUUUAAAAAAUGAGGACAAAAAGGUGUGUUAUAAUUACCAAGGUACCGCGUCCUUAACCUGACUAGUAAAGCCUGGGCUACUGGAAUAGAGUCUCCCUCUAAUGAUUGAACCUCAGAUGCAUGAGGAUCAGUGUAAAUUUCAUUCUGACCAUAAAACAGUGGGCCAACACUUUGAACAGACUCUCAAACAGUCAUUGGAGCAUUUAAAUCCCAUGUACAAAUGUCUUGUAGACUUGGGAAAAGCUAAUGACUGUGUAGUCUGUAGUCUUUUGCUGAAGUUGCUACCAACAGAUUUUUAGAUUUGCUGGUGCUGCAUAACAAAUCAAUUCUUGUUUUUGUGGAGCAAGAGUUGUAUUUGCAUACAUUGUUUUACGUUUAAUCUGUUUAGUAGGCAUUGGACUCCAUCACAGGUACAUCUUGCCUCCUCUACUUUUCAUUGACAUAUCAAGGAAGAGUCCAGGAGUAAAGUAGAUCUGAUUUAAUGUUAGCCUAUGAGUGGCAAAUAUGCUGUUUGCAAAAGAUGUUGUCCUCCUGGCCUCAUUAGAUUUCAGUCUCCAGUAUGCACUGACAUAGUUUGACACUAUAUCUGUUGCCACUGGAAUGAAAAUUAGUUGCUCCAAAUCUGUGGUCAUAGCCCUUCCCCAAAAUGGCCUGGCUUGCUUCUUGUGCGUAAGAGGUGAGCAACAUUCCCAAGUGAAGAAGAACAAAAAUCUCAGGGUCUUGGUCGUGAGAGAGGAUAGAGGGGAUUGUGAGACUGACUAAUGGUUAUUUAGAUGUUAAAUCAGACCAUGGGAUCUAAAUACUCAGAUGAAGUUUCAGUCAGUUUACAUCCCCAUCUUCACCUAUGGUCGCAAACUCUGGUUAGUGAACAAGAAAAUGAGAUCUUUAGCAAAAGAGGUGAAAAUUCGGUUCCUGUAGAGAGUGACUGGACUCACUUACUCUGCAAGGAUGAGGGGCUCAGUAAUUGAUGAGGACUUUGGCGUAGAACUGCUGUUUCUCGAGCUCUAGAGGAACCGAUUGGUGUGGUUUGGGUGUGUUAUUUGGUGAAAGGUAUGCCAGGCAUGGCCUACAGUAAGACGACCUAAGGCACAAUGGAGGGAUUAAAUCUCAUUUUAGUUUGGAAUCGUCUGUAAAGUUGGCAGCAGGGUCUGGUAAAAGUUGCAAAGGAUAGAGAUUCUGAGGAAUCUAGCUGAGCAUGCUGCUCUCAUGACCUACACAAAAAAAGCAGAGUGAAAAUGAAUGGAUGGAUGAAUGAAUGAAUGUAUUCUAGCAUCUAUAAACAGUUCCACCCAGCAACAGCAUGUCCAAUCUACAACUUUAGUGUUUAGCUGGACCAGCCCAGCCUCUAAGAAAACGCCUUAACAAAUCACGGGUAGAAUUUUCUAAUCAGCAAAUAAACGAAGUGAAAGCAACAAACGCGUAACUGCUUACUUUACCUCCUCUCUUAAUUUAUGGGCCUUUUAUUAUUGUUACUGCUAUAUAUGACUGUCCAGGCUCUGUUCUGCACUUCAUCUUCUUCAUUUUUUUCUAGUCAACUGCUACAAUCUCUAUAUGCAGGUUUCAAUAACAGAUUGUGAGUGGUAAAGGCAACUCCAUCAGUUGUAUUGGUUUGUGGUUGAUAUUCUUAAUGCUUUGAACAGAAUUAAUGACAGAGCAUAUGAUAAUUUAAUAUUUUGAUUGUUGCAUACACCUUACUGUUAGUCUUUCUGAAUCAAUUUGAGUCUUUUGGCAAUGUCACCAAGUCUUCAUUCAGAAUCGGCAAAAGCGUGCAGAUAUAGCAGAUGAUGAAAGUAUUACUCAGUUUGCCAAAAAAUGACAUUUCACUCUCUUAAGUAUGGUAAAUAUUGUGGGAAGAAUGGUCUCUUGUGGUAGCACCUUCUAGACACCAUUGAACAGUGAGGUGUCUGUUUUUUAGUUGGCUACGCUGGUUUCCUACCACAUCCCAAACUGAUGGUAUCUUUCGGGUAUGACUUAUCAUGGCAUGUGCACAAGUGUGCCCUAGUAAUCCCUCUGGGCUCAUAUCCUACUGUGUGUUCACAUUGCACAUCUUGUACAGAAAAGGUGGGUUCAGAAAAUGGAUGGGAGGAUUGAAUUAGUUAAUUGUUCCAUAAUCUCAUUAACUAGAGUUCUGUGCAUCCAAAAAUAAAUAAUACAGAGCUGAAAUUUUAUGCCAAGGUUGAACAUUUUAUUUAAUUGUACACAAUAUUUAUAAUAGCAGCUGAUGCUUUAUAAAGAUUAGUCAAUAAGUGUUGUAAAAUAUGGACUGUACCUAUUAAGACAUGUAAUACAGUAUUCAAUACAAAUGUAACAGUAACAUGUUUGAGUGCUUUUGUUUCUUGUCCAAUAAUGUUUUAAUAGAGCAUAUGUGUUGUCUGAAAAAAAUCAGUAAAUGUAUUUGACUUAUUCUUAGAAGAAAAUCACAUUCAAUGUCACCAUGUUGUUCUUGGCCCUUGACGUCUCCUUCCAACUACUGUACAGUAUGCUAAAUUAUACCUGUUAUUUAUUUUGUGUUAUG